UUUUUUUAAGCAAUGAAUUUGUACGCACUAAAUGUUAACUGAUUCCUACAUUGAAGAAUUAUAACAAACGUUAUAACUUCGUAAUUCAGUUCAUUUACGCCGUUAUUGCUUAUAUAAGAUAUUAUGACUUUGUACAUCGAUACAAAGUUAAAAUUCAUUGAUGGAAAUGUUGUUUCAACAAUUGGUUCAUGGCACCCUUCCCUUCCACUUUUAGCAGUUGGAUCAUAUAAUCAAGAAAAAGGUGGAUUUGUGACUAUAUUUCACGAAAAUGGAAAUGUUUUAGAAGGUUGCGACUGGCCAACUCUUUUAUCUAAUCAAGUGACAGCAUUAGCGUGGCAUCCGAUAAGAAAACUUUUAGUUGUUGGUUGGGAUGGGGGAGAACUAUACAUAUGGCUUGAAUAUUCUUGGGCACGACUAGAAGCGCCACAUAAUACUGCUUUAACUACAGUCAAUUUUAGUCCCGGUGGCGGACGAUUGAUUGCAUCUGAUGCUGCAGGUUCUCUAUCUGGAUGGCAGUCUGGGUCUGGUGCACCAUUAACUGCAUUUCAUCACCAACUUGGAGAUGUCAUAACUCACAUCAGUUUUUGUUCUCCUCAUUCCAAUACAGAAUCAUCAAUAAGGGGUUUAGCUAGAGCAGCUGUUGCUGGUGAUGAGAAUGCAUUAGAUGCAUUGGCUGCUUGGAGACCACGGACAACAGCUAGAGUGAGGGAAGGAGUUCAGCCCGAUAAUCAUGCAUGUUAUGCUUCUCAAGACAAUGGUGUUAUCUUGUAUAUUGACCAUGCCGGUGCUUGUUCGGAGGUUCUUAAUGCACCAGGUAAUGUUGUUUUCAUGGACAUUAUUGGUAGCAUGUAUCUUCUAAUUGCAUGGGAGUCAGCUGGAGCUUUAAGCUUGACAAGAUUCAUUACAUCAAAUGAUGGUUCUCUGACUACUGAUACACAUGUUAGAAUGACAGCUAGAAAUGGUCAAUGCAUAGUGCUGGCAGGAAACUUUUGUGUUGCUGUUAUAACUGGGGAUAACUUGAUAAGAAUUUGGGACAGUGAAAAUGGAGAUAAUGAUGUACUGCCAAAUGAAAAUGAAGAAACUAUUCAAGGGGAUGUAUUCACAAGUAUUAGUUAUUGUAACUUGAGUGAUACAUUAUGUUGUGGGACUUCCCAAGGUUACUUGUAUCUCUGGAGACGAGAUCCGAGAAACACUUGGAAGCUAAUAAGUAGCACAUCAGUGAAAGGAACAGUGAAAGAAGUAAGUUGGGGUUCAGAAGGUUUGAUGAAUCCAUUGCUGCAUGUUAAUUGCAUAACAAAUGCAUUCAUUCUCCGUGAGCAACAUGUGUGUUGGGGAUUCUCACAAAACAUUCAAAUGGUGCAAAAAUCGGCCAAUGAAGUUGCUGUCACUGAUACACAUAAUGCUACAUCAUCUAUUAAUUCAACUAUUACUAUUAAGGCACUUGCAUUCAAAGAAAACUAUGUUGCAUUAGGAGAUGGAAAUGAAGUUCAGAUAUGGAUGUCCAAUAAAGAAAAUGAAUUAAAAUUUUCUCUGUUACGUACAUUUUCAUGGAAAACAGAUGUCCUUAUAAUGUAUAAUGAUAUACUUGUUGGUAUUGUCAAUCCACAUGUUGAAACUUACAACAUGACUGGCACUAAGUUAGGUAUCCUGCCGAGUUCUGAAAGUGAAGGCGAGCCCAUUGGAAUCACAAAUACAAACAAAUUUAUUGUUAUUUGCUCUAUCGAUGGUACUAUAAAACUCGCCGAAAUAACAAAGAAAGGACUGAGAACGCCUUAUCCUCCGAAAAAUUGUUAUCAAAUGAUGGAAGAUUUUGGUGAAAUCAUGAGAGCUUCUGUGAAUUCAUCAGGACAAUAUAUUUGUCUAAGUAUCGCAAAUUCUGGUUUAGCACCUGAUCCAAAACUCUAUCUAUGGGACGUAGCUAAUGACGUGAUUACAAAUACUUUAAUAUCAAAGAACUCAGAUCCCCCAUAUCAAUGUGUUCCAAUAACUAUAUUGUGGGAUAACAACGAUCCAAGACUUGUCGGUGUCCACAUGAGGUCGGCAGACGUUGAUAGCAUUCACUUAUUCUUUUGUCAAGAAGGACAGCUCUAUGAAUAUAAGAAUUGGUGUUCAUCCUCAGAAGAAUAUUAUUUAUCCGAUUUCGUACUUUGUUCUAUAUAUACGCCGUUUGUUGUUAUACUAACUCAACAAAACAUUAAAAAAAUACUUAUGCAAGGAUUCGAUGAGGAUGAUGAAGAUCAAAGUAAACAUCGAAAUGUCCUUAAUUUUCUUUACUACAUGACGACCGGAAAUCUAGAGAAAGCCGUUGUGGUUGGAACGAAUAUAUCGACCGGUAGUAAAAGUGCGCUGAUAUGGGAUAGCCUGGCCAAGGUUUGUGUUUCGCUUAAACGUGCAGAUGUCGGCGCAAUAUGUUUGAGUAAGAUGGGCAACAUUAAAGGUGCAUUAAUGCUGCGACAAGCGAUGAACGACGAUAGCAUGGACGACACUUGUAAAGUAGGAGUGUUGGCUGUUAAUCUAGGAAUGAUCGAGGAGGCCGAACAACUAUUUAAGGAAUCUCAAAGACCAGAUCUUAUAACGAGAUUGAAGUCCGCUAAAGAGGGUGGACUUAAUGAAAUUAUUAAUGGUGAUAAUGAGAGUGAAAAUGUACUUCUUGUUAAAAGCGCACAGCAUAAAUUGGCCAAAGUUUUAUGGGCCAAUGGAGAAACUGGACCUGCUUUGAAACUGUUUGAAAAUGCAGGAACUUUAGUUCCUCACGUUCCAAGAAUGUUAAUUGCUCAAGGACAGGCGUCCGUACUUGAGCAAUAUGUACGUAAUUCUAAUGAUCCGAAACUUAUAACUUGGUGGGGGCAUUACCUUGAGAGUAUAGGGGAUGUAGACGGCGCUUUGGAAGCUUAUGCCCGCGCCAACGAUUUUGGAGAACAAACAAGAUUACUCUGCAACAUGGAUAGAAUUGAAGAAGCGGAAAAAUUAUGUCAGAAAAGUUCUUCUUCGCUUUAUCAAAUGGCACGAUACUUAGAGAUGAAUAGCAAAGAACCUGAUGCCGCUGUUAAGAUGUAUAUAAAAUGUGGAGCGAUAUCGUCGGCUAUCCGAGUGGCGGCGGAAGCGAACGCUUGGAAUUUGGUGUACAGGGCGGGAUCUACAUCUACGAGGCACUCUGUAUACGCCGCAUCCAUUCUAGAAAACGCGGGCCAAAACGAUCAAGCUAUAGCCUUGUACCAAAAAGCAGGCAAACCGCACAUGGCACUGAAGCUGGCGUUGAGCUGCGGCGACACUAGCGCGCUGGUGACAGCUGUGGAGACGCUCGGCGAGCGCGUCGACCCCGAGCUGGCGCACACUCUCGCCGCUCAUCUGCGCACCACCAACCACCAUUCUCACGCCGCUGCCUUGCUCGCCACCGCUGGCAAGUACGAAGAAGCGUUGGACAUAGUAGAAGAGUCUAGCGCCCCGCUGUCGGAGGAGCUGAGCGAGCGGCUGGCAGCGCCGGCAGGUACUGAGGGUCGCGUGGCGCUGCUGCGGCGGCUGGCUGACGUGCUCGGCGCACGCGGACUCUACCACCAGGCUGCUAAGAGACUCGCACACGCCGGAGACAAGGUACACCUUGGUACAUUAUUUUAAAAGAGAGUAAAAGAUGAAUUGUCUAAUCUCACACUCAAAGUGAAUAGAGUUUAUUUAAAUAACGAGAAAAGAUUUGAUUGUCUUGAUAAACUGAAGCUGGGGUUUAUUGCUAGUAUUGAAAUAAGAAAUAAUUUAAUAUAGAGAAAUUCUCUUUAAAAUUUAAAUUGAUGUCCAAUCAAGAACGGCGGUAAUAAGAGCACCCGUAACCGAGGAGCUAUGAGUUCAGUUAUAAAUGUAAAAGAAUACGUUUAUCUCUGCCUACUCCAAGGAUCAAAGGCGUGAGACUUUAGGAGUGGUCUCUUAAAUCUUUAGGCGGGUGCGAUGCGCUGGCUACUGCGGUCGGGCGACGCGGAUCGUAUCGCGACGUUCGCGGCGGCGUCGCGCGACCGUGUGGCACAGCUGAUGGCGGCCGACUUCCUGCGGCGGAGGGCGGCGUGGCGCGCGCGGCCCGACCUCACGCGUCACGUGCUGCACUUCUACACACGAGCCAAGGCAUUCGCCAAACUCGCCGCAUUUUACGCUGAAUGCGCGCAGAUGGAGAUAGAAGAUUAUGACAAUUAUGAAAAAGCACUGGAGGCUCUAAAAGAAGCUUCUCGCUGUAUCGCUAAGUCGUCAGAUGCUGAAAUAGGAUCCCAAACAUUGGCCCUGCAGGAGCAAAGUUCAUUUUUGAAGCGCUUUAUAGAGGUGAAAAAGCUCUUAGAAGCGGGAGAUAUUAAUGCAGGUGUUGCCAGUGGCCAGCAGCUUAUCCACGCGAUAAGUGGACGUCCCGGAUUACUGUCUGAAGAAAAAAUACUCAAAAUGUUAAUACAAUACGCUCCAAAUCACCAUGAUGUCGAACGGUUGGAACAAAAACUCAAAUUAUUGCAACAAAAACCACAAGAGGACACUGAAUCUACAGAUUCACCAGAGCAAAGUAUUGAAGAAGUAAUUUAAGGAUUGUGAAAGUGUACGAAUUAAAGUUAGAUACAUUUCUAAG